AUGAGGGGGAAAGCAUACCACACUAAUUUUAGGAAACUAGGAGGUGGAGGGGAUAGACUUCUGGAUAUUCCCUGUAAAGUUUGUGGGGAUAGGAGUUCAGGAAAACAUUAUGGAAUAUACAGCUGCGAUGGUUGUUCCGGUUUCUUCAAGCGUUCAAUUCACCGGAACCGCGUGUACACGUGCAAAGCAGCAGCUGAUCUCAAAGGAAGAUGUCCGAUCGAUAAAACUCACAGGAAUCAGUGCAGAGCCUGCAGACUCAAGAAAUGUUUUGAUUCCAGCAUGAAUAAAGAUGCUGUACAACAUGAGCGUGGACCAAGGAAACCAAAAAUCUCUAAGGAAGGAUUUCACCACCACCAUCAUCAUCAUCAUCCUUCAAACUUCUUCGGAAACAUUUCCAAACCAACCCCUCUUCUUCUACCCACACCUCAGGGUUUAUUUUCCAGCUUAAACCUCAACUGUUCCCCCUCCUCCCCUCCUAACAUACCAACAUUCUCCUUCACACAAUCUUCUCUUAGAUCAACCCUCGCCACCCUUGACAAAAAUCGGCCAAUCUGGCCGAAAUUCUCUGAUUUGUCGUCCUCGUUUGCACUCUCUUCCCCACCGCCGUUGUUCUCCUCCCAUCUGUCCGCUCCGACCUCUCAUCUUGCUUCUCCGCCUGCUCCUCUCUCCGCCCCUUCGGCGCAUCCUUUCCCGGCUUCAUGGGAGACCCUACAGGAAACAGCGGCUCGUCUUCUUUUUAUGGCGGUUCGAUGGGCGAGAUGCCUCACCCCCUUCCAAACCCUAACACAAGAAGAUCAGGUCACAUUACUCAAGGAGAGCUGGAAGGAUUUGUUUCUUCUUCAUCUUGCACAGUGGUCCAUACCUUGGGAUUUAACAUCAAUAUUAUACACCAGAUUAAACCUGCUCGGAGGGAGAAAGGAUUCUGGCCGAGAAAUAGAAAUUAGAACUUUGCUUGAGAUUCUUUCCAGAGGUUUGAAACAGUUGAACAACUUUUCUUCCGUGAAACUGUUGGAGAAACCAACAUUAACAACAUUAUCAUUGAUGUCUACAACACACAUAGAGCUCCAAUACUCUAGACAACUAAAGGGACUGGUCGCAGUGUUGAAAACUAAUUAUCAUUUUAAAAUCUAUUGGCUUGCUUGGUCAUUUUUUUUACAUGAUUCCGAUAUUUAUUUUGAAAAUGUUACCAAAAUCUAAAUCUAGAUUUUUGACCGACUGUAUUUUAGUCAGUUAAAAAGUUUUUAUUAUAAAAAAAUAGAAUUGAGGUAUAAAAACGCUUCAAUUUUUCAAACUUCUCUGUACGCCAUUGCAUAAACUUGGGCCGUUGCGUACAAUUCAAAAAAAUUAUUAAUAUGUCUAAAACCUUUGUCACCCAUGUAAUUCACAUUCAUAUUUAUUAUAUUCAAAUAAUUAUAUAGUUCAUGGUUAUUUGAUUGCACGCUUACAAACUGCAGGGAUAUCCAUAAAAGGAUGAGACUUUGCCAGGGAGUAAGGAAAAGAAGGGAGAUAUAAAGUGCGGAAAACGAACAGCCAAUCAGCAAAUGAAUUUUUCGUUUAACCAAUGAUUACACAGAGAAUGUAGGGAUAUCCAAAAACAAUCAGAUUCUCCGUAAAAUUCAAAAGUAAUCACUGUAGAUAUCGAGAUCAAGGAUCAAGGAAGCUCCGAGCUCUGUAUAUUUUAAAAUAUGACGAAAUGAAGAUUGAAUUUGGCAUUUAAGUUUCUACUCACUGAAGUUCUCAUGUAGUACAAUAAAGCUUUCCGUAAAAAAAUGAGACAAUAUGUUCCAAAUAUUUAAAUUCAAACUUUUGCAUUAAAUAAAAUUUUAUAAAACCAAAACAAGCUUAGACAA